CAACCCAAUUUCCAAUCUAACGGUUUGAAGUUUGAACGUCCCAUUCCAAUCUAACGAGUGCUGCACUAACACCCGUUCCUCCCUCCUCGAUCAACGGAAACUCCGCUCCUAAUUACCGUUGCAGGUCGAUCAAUAUUCGCUCCAGUUUCGUACUCAGAUUCAAGUCCGGCCGGUGGUUCCGUUGAGUGCCGAUGACGGACACAGAUGACAAACUGCACGACGCCGGCGACGACUCCGACUACGAGCUCAUCCACGGCGACGACUCCGACGACGCCAAUGACGCGGAUUACGAGUUCGUCCACGACGACUGCGAAGACUCCGACCACAUCUUAUCUCAUCGCCACAAGCAAAACUAUACCAUAUUGGGUGAAGCUGAUAUUUGCCAACGCCAAGAGGAAAGUAUUGUUAAGAUAUCAACAGUGCUUUCCAUUUCAUGGGUUGCUGCUAGCAUCUUGCUCCGCCACUAUAAUUGGAGUGUCAGUAAAGUGCUUGAUGGAUGGUUUGCAGACGAAGAGAAGGUUCGCAAGGAUGCUGGCUUGUUGCAGAAACCUGUUGCACUCCCACAUGGCCGAGAUCUGACCUGUGGGAUCUGCUUUGAAACGUAUCCCAGUGAUAGGAUGAGUGCCGCUGCUUGUGGUCAUGGUUUCUGUGGUUCAUGCUGGCAAGGUUAUAUUAGCUCUGCCAUAAAUGACGGUCCAGGAUGUUUGAUGCUACGUUGUCCAGAUCCAUCUUGUGCUGCUGCUGUUGGUCAAGACAUCAUUAACCUAUUAGCUUCUAAAGACGAUAAAGAGAAGUAUAACCGUUACUUCCUGAGAUCAUUUAUUGAAGACAAUUGGAAGACCAAAUGGUGUCCUGCUCCAGGCUGUGAUUAUGCUGUGGAUUUUGUUGUUGGUAGUGGAAGCUAUGACAUUACUUGCCCCUGCUCAUACAGCUUUUGCUGGAAUUGUACCGAGGAAGCUCAUCGGCCUGUUGAUUGUUCCACUGUGGCUACUUGGAUUUUGAAGAAUAGUGCCGAGUCCGAAAAUAUGAAUUGGAUACUGGCUAAUUCCAAGCCUUGCCCUAAGUGCAAGCGGCCGAUUGAGAAGAACCAAGGUUGUAUGCACAUCACGUGCACACCGCCUUGCAAAUUUGAGUUUUGCUGGCUUUGUCUCGGCCCAUGGUCAGACCAUGGUGAGAAAACAGGUGGCUUCUACGCGUGCAACCGUUAUGAGACAGCAAAGCAAGUGGGAGUGCUUGAUGAAGCUGAGAAACGAAGAGAGAUGGCUAAAAACUCUUUAGAAAAAUACACUCAUUAUUACGAAAGAUGGGCUACUAACCAAUCUUCUAGGCAAAAAGCACUUGCAGACCUGCAGCAGAUGCAAACUAUGCAUCUUGCAAAGCUAAGUGAGAAACAGCGCCAGCCUGAAUCACAGCUUAAGUUCAUAUUAGAGGCGUGGCUACAGAUUGUUGAAUGUAGACGGGUGCUAAAAUGGACAUAUGCUUAUGGUUAUUAUUUGCCUGAGUACGAACAUGCCAAGAGGCAGUUCUUUGAGUACUUGCAGGGCGAGGCUGAGUCAGGGUUGGAGCGUCUUCAUCAAUGUGUAGAGAAGGAGCUAGAUGUGUAUCUCAAUGUUGAUGGGCAGUUGAAAGAUUUCAAUGUGUUCCGCACAAAGUUAGCAGGACUAACAAGUGUGACUAGAAAUUACUUUGAGAACCUGGUUAGCGCUUUAGAGAAUGGUCUGUCAGAUGUGGACACUCGUGGUGCAUGCAGCAGAACUGCAAGCUCAAAGAGCUUGGGAGGUGGUGCGAAUAGUAGUAAGGGCAAAGGUGAUAGGGGGAAGGGAACUACAUCCAGAUGGAGCACUUCGACCAGAAACCUUGGUGAUUCAGGGCAUUGGUCUUGUGAAUACUGCACCUUUGCCAAUCCAAAGUUAGCUACCCUUUGCCAGAUGUGCCAGCAACGCCGAUGAGCCCUGUUUCUACUUGAAUGGAGGGAGCUGGGUUUUGCCGGUUCUCCAAUGAGAGCCAUUAGUAGUCGGAAGGAGAAAAUUGUGACUGAAUGAGGUCACAGAAAUAUGAACUAAUCAGGAAGCAUGCAAAAAGAAAGGGAGAAAAUGAAGGGAAUUGUCGCCUGUAAAUUUUGUUCAUUAGAGAAGUAAACACGGUUAUUGUUGUCUAUGCUUCAACCUCAAGACUCAUAUCAAGAAUUCUGCCAAACAUUACUUCUUUUUUUCUAGUGUACUAUUGCUAAUGGAUUUGUAACAAGCAUAGUUAUUGAGAGCAAUGUUCUAAAAGUCGCUAGGUGUUAGUUGGGCGGUCAGCCACCUUCGAGCGAUUAAUCGGAUUAAUCGGUGCAUAUUUAUUAGUAAUCGGCAAUUAAUCGUUAGUCGGACCUAAUCGGAUAGGCCCUGCCAGCGAUUAAUAGGCUAUUAAUCGCCGAUUAAUUCCUUGUUUUAGAACACUGAUUGAGAGUAAUGUAAGUAGCGUUGUCGUGGGGACAAUUGCUCUAUUAGCCGCUGCCCGGAAUAAAUGCUCUUCUCUUA